CGGGUAGGGGCGCCCCGAUAACCAGCCACGUUUAUAUACUCCGGAUGCCUCGACCGCUAACAUUCCACGAAGUGUGCCCGAGUUGAGGUGUUGUGCAGCAUAACCGAGGCUGUGCAUAGCGAUAUUAAUUUAUUUAUUUAAUAGGACUAUUUAAAUUAAAACUAAUUCAAAAUGUGCGACGAAGAAGUAGCCGCGUUGGUAGUGGACAAUGGCUCCGGUAUGUGCAAGGCCGGGUUCGCGGGAGACGAUGCCCCUCGUGCCGUCUUCCCGUCGAUCGUGGGCCGCCCUCGUCACCAGGGCGUGAUGGUCGGUAUGGGUCAGAAGGACUCGUACGUCGGAGACGAGGCCCAGAGCAAGAGAGGUAUCCUCACCCUGAAGUACCCCAUCGAGCACGGCAUCGUCACCAACUGGGAUGACAUGGAGAAGAUCUGGCACCACACCUUCUACAACGAACUGCGUGUGGCCCCCGAAGAGCACCCCGUCCUGCUCACAGAGGCUCCCCUCAACCCUAAAGCCAACAGAGAAAAGAUGACCCAGAUCAUGUUUGAGACCUUCAACACGCCCGCCAUGUACGUCGCCAUCCAGGCCGUACUCUCACUGUACGCCUCCGGUCGUACCACCGGUAUCGUGCUGGACUCCGGAGACGGUGUCUCCCACACAGUACCCAUCUACGAGGGAUACGCCCUGCCUCACGCCAUCCUGCGUCUGGACUUGGCAGGCCGUGACCUCACCGACUACCUGAUGAAGAUCCUCACUGAACGUGGAUACUCUUUCACCACCACGGCCGAGAGAGAAAUCGUUCGUGAUAUCAAGGAGAAGCUUUGCUACGUCGCUCUCGACUUCGAGCAGGAAAUGGCCACCGCUGCCUCAAGCAGCUCCCUCGAGAAGUCUUACGAGCUUCCCGACGGACAGGUCAUCACCAUCGGAAACGAACGAUUCCGUUGCCCUGAGGCUCUCUUCCAACCCUCAUUCCUGGGUAUGGAAGCAUGCGGCAUCCACGAAACUACUUACAACUCUAUCAUGAAGUGUGAUGUGGACAUCCGUAAGGACUUGUAUGCCAACACAGUACUGUCGGGUGGUACCACCAUGUACCCAGGCAUCGCCGACCGUAUGCAGAAGGAAAUCACAGCUCUGGCACCUUCAACCAUGAAGAUCAAGAUCAUCGCUCCCCCGGAGAGGAAAUACUCCGUAUGGAUCGGAGGAUCCAUCCUCGCGUCUCUGUCGACAUUCCAACAGAUGUGGAUCUCGAAACAGGAGUACGACGAGUCCGGCCCCUCAAUCGUGCACAGGAAGUGCUUCUAAAUGCGCACAGGAAGCGCAUCGCUGCCACCGGAAGCAGCCCGCGGCCCGGCCGGUCCCGCGGCCGGCUGCUCAGCUCAGGCUUGUAAUCUCCGUUAUUUUAAUUGUACGUAAGAUAUUAUUAUUAUGUAAUUAAAUGGUAAUAGUGACGGCAGGACGGAGCGCGGCGCCGCGGGCGCGCCUCGACCGCCGGCCUCGGUACUGCACUCGCCAAAGGAUCUUUUUGUAAUCUCAUGAAUGAUGAUUGUAUGUGCUGAAACGGAUAAGACUACUUUCUUACUAGGUCAUUUAUAAAUUAUAAAAUAACAAAAAUACAAGAAAAAAAAUCUGAAAAAUUAA